AUGGAUUCUUCUUCGGCUUCGCGGCAGACUCCGAUGAGCAUCCUCCACGCGCUCGCCACGUCAGCCGCGCCGCUGAUCGAGGAUCCCCGCGCGCCGCUCGCGGAGCGCCUCCGCGCUCUUAUCAUCAAAGCGGAGGCUACGGCGGGAGCCGCCAACCUUGCGCCGCCGCAACCGCCACUGCAAACGGCGCGGACGGCCGAGGCGCCCAACCACGGAAGACACUUCCCAAAAUCCACGUCAGAACCCGGCGUUUCGGCGGGCGCGAUCUCCGGAACAACUUCCAGCGAUUGGGGCUCCCAUGUUCACAAUGUCGAGUGUGAUACUUCGGGGCGGCUUACAGCGGGGAUAGGGGGGCUCUUCAAGUCAUUCCCCUCGUUUCCCGGAGCCACUCUUAACGCGUCGCCUUCCGCCGCCGCCAUUUCAAACCAAGACGUGCUGAUUAACGGCAGCGGAAGCAGCUGCGCCUUUCCACAGAAACCACCACCAGUGACAGUGCCAGGUUCGGACGCCGCCAAGCCUACUGGCUCGGGAAUGUCCGAGCCUGCACUGGAGGGUGAGGAGGAGACCCCAACAUCUGGUGUGGAGAACCCAGGGAAGCUUGAAUUCGCUGACUUUGUUGACUUUGGAGGGAAGGGCGACGCAGGAGAUGAUCUCAACGACCUGUUUGACUUUUUUGACUCGCUUGUGGGCGGCGGCGCUAGUGGCAGAGGCAGUGGGAGUGGGAGUGAACAGCAGAGAGAAAGUAAGAAGCUUCUUGGAAGGAACAACAGCAGCAGCAACGACCGAAGCAGCAAGCACAUGGAAGUUUCAGAAGGACAUGAGCCCUUUGGGAGCAAAUCUCGGGCAGGCCGGAAAUUUCGGAGCAUGGAGGGACUGGAGGCGGGCACCAACACGGAAUAUAUUUUGGUGCCUGCCGACGAUGGGUACAACUGGCGAAAGUAUGGGCAGAAAAUGGUGAAAGGCUGCCUGCACCCUCGACUCUAUUUCCGCUGCACAUUUCCGGGCUGCCCGGUGAGAAAAACGGAGGAACGGGCAGAUGAUGGAGAGGUGCUGGAAAGAAUCUACAGGGGGUUGCAUAAUCACCCGCCUCCUGGGCUGCCCGCAAAAGAGAUUCAGGAGGAGGAAUGGGAAACCAGGAGUGAGCAGCAGCAGCAGCAGCAGCAGCAGCAGCAGGAGUUGGAUGCUUCCCCUCCUGCUGCUGAUGCUAAUUCUCCAAAACUUUCCCUACUUUCGUCCUCCUCAAUUCCGCUACUUCAAGCCGAGUCCACAUCAAUAAGGCAGGGUAUUCCCAUAAGUAACCCUAUUGGUAACCAGACUGAUAACCCUACUGGUAACCAGACUUGUAACACUGCUACAGACCGCCAUGGGUCACAGGAGAGGCUCUGGGGGAAGCGGCUGUUCCUUCAUCACAGCCGUUUAUCCGCCCCUGCCAACCUGCAAAUCUCAGCCGUUGAUCUUACCAGCCCUGACCCUGGUUCUGAGGGGCCCACAGGGAGCAGUGGGGGAUCCAGUGUGAGUGGGGAGCGGAAGAGAAAGGCACUACCUGGGGUAGGUUUAUCUGCUGGGGACCUGUCAGCUGACGGAAUGGACGAGGAUGUUACCAGUGGAGCAGCUUGUAACGCAGCAGUGACUUCUAAUAAUGCAGCUACUCUCAACAGAGCAGCUACUAACGCAGCAGCUUACGACGAAGCUGCUUAUAAUGAGGUUGCUGGCGCCACGGAUAAGAAGCCGAGGCGAAGCGCCGAAACAGUGCUGGUUUGUGCGCAGCAAGUAAUCGAAGAGCCGAAACUGGUCGUCGAGUUACGCAGUAACAUGGAGCUUCUAGACGACGGUUACCGCUGGCGCAAGUACGGACAGAAGGUGGUACGCGGUAACCCUAAUCCGCGGAGUUACUACAAGUGCACGCAUGCAGGGUGCACUGUGCGCAAGCACAUGGAACGAGCGGUUACAGAUCCAUGUGUUGUGGUAACCAGCUAUGAGGGCCGGCACUGCCACGCCAUGCCAGGGCCUGUGUUCUCCCCUCCUCCUGCCGAGAGGAAUUCUCCUGUUGCUGCUGGUGGUGACAGCGGCACUCUCAGCACUGCUGCUGGGAGCAGAAAUGAUAACCCUGGGAUGUGUUCUUUCCGGUUGCCUGGCGAGGCUGUGGCAGUGAAUGGGGUGGGGCAUUGGGUGCUGCACUGA